CUCUCUCUCUCUCUCUCUCCUCAAAACGUAAAUUUACUCGCAGACGCAGAGAGACAGAGACAAAGAGAGAGAGAGAGACAGAGACAUUGAGACUUCACACAAAUUUUACUCCCAUAGAGCUCUCUCUCUCUCUCUCUUUCUACAUUCUGAUGAGCUUCAUGAGAUCGAGGGAGAGACAUUCACAGAACAAACCCACAAAGUGUUGAGACUCGUUUCCUUCGUAAACUUUUUUAAAAGUGAGAUUUUUUUGGCUUGAUCGUUUUGUUUAAGACUAGUUUACUUGCAGGAAAGAGCAGUAAUCGAUGUUAAAGACAUUGUUAGUUCAAUGGCUUGUGUUCUUGUUGUUAAUCGGCUCCGUCGCCGCCUCCGGGGAAGACGACGAUAGCUUGUCGAUAUGCAACUGCGACGACGAAGACAUUUUCUUUAGCUUCGAGUCAAUCCUCGAAUCGCAAAAAGUCGGCGACUUUCUUAUCGCUAUCGCUUAUUUCUCGAUCCCAAUCGAGCUUCUCUACUUCGUUAGCCGCACCAAUGUGCCUUCACCGUACAAUUGGGUCGUGUGCGAGUUCAUAGCCUUCAUUGUUCUCUGUGGCAUGACCCAUCUCCUCUCUGGUUUCACCUACGGCCCUCACUCGUCCUGGGUCAUGACAGCUGUCACCGUCUUCAAGAUGCUCACUGGGAUCGUCUCUUUCCUCACCGCACUCUCGUUGGUCACUCUCCUACCCUUGCUCCUUAAGGCUAAGGUUCGUGAGUUCAUGUUGAAUAAGAAGACUAGAGAGCUUGAUCGUGAGGUUGGCAUCAUUAUGAAGCAGACUGAGACCAGUUUGCACGUUCGUAUGCUCACUACCAAGAUUAGGACAUCUCUCGAUCGCCACACGAUCCUGUACACGACGCUUGUGGAGUUGUCCAAGACUUUGGGGCUCAAGAACUGUGCGGUUUGGAUCCCCAAUGAGAUCAAGACGGAGAUGAAUCUGACGCAUGAGUUGAGACCUGAUGGUGAGAAUGUGGGUGAGUUUUCAAUACCGAUUACUGAGUCUGAUGUUGUGAGGAUUAAGAGAAGCGAAGAGGUCAAUAUGUUGAGCCCUGGCUCUGCGCUUGCCUCCAUGACUAGCCGAGGCAAACCAGGUCCUACGGUUGGGAUAAGAGUCCCCAUGCUUCGGGUUUGUAACUUCAAAGGUGGAACACCUGAGGCUAUCCACAUGUGUUAUGCAAUCUUGGUUUGUGUGCUUCCGUUGCGUUUGGCCCGGAACUGGACUUAUCAAGAGCUGGAGAUUGUUAAGGUUGUUGCUGAUCAAGUGGCGGUUGCCAUCUCUCAUGCCGUGAUUCUUGAAGAAUCUCAGCUUAUGAGAGAGAAACUCGCGGAACAGAACCGAGCGCUUCAGGUGGCAAGGGAGAAUGCGCUGAGAGCUAAUCAAGCCAAGGCUGCGUUCGAGCAGAUGAUGAGUGAUGCAAUGAGGCGUCCUGUGCGGUCCAUUCUCGGGUUGCUUCCUUUGAUAAUUCAGGACGGGAAAUUACCUGAGAACCAGACGGUUAUCGUGGAUGUGAUGAAGAGAACCAGCCAGUUACUUUUACAGCUUGUAAACAACGCUGGGGAUAUAAACAGCGGGAGAAUGCGCGCUGCAGAGGCACAUUAUUUUAGUUUGCAUUCUGUUGUGAAGGAAACAGUUUGCUUGGCGAGGUGUUUAUGCGUGGGGAACGGUUUUGGUUUCUCAGCUGAAGUUUAUAGAGCAUUGCCUGAUUACGUAGUCGGCGAUGAUAGAAGGGUGUUUCAAGUGAUCUUGCAUAUGCUUGGGGUUUUAGUGAACCGCAAGAUCAAAGGGAAUGUGACUUUAUGGGUUUUACCAGAAAGCGGAAACUCACAAGUAUUAGAGAGGAAAAAUAACCAAGAAGCGGUUUGGCGACAAUGCUAUUCCAAAGAAUACAUCGAAGUUAGAUUCGGAUUCGAGGUAGCUGCAGAAGGUGAAGAGAAUAGUAGUAGUAGUGGUAGUAGUAGUAACCUGGAGGAGGGAGAGGAGAUACAAAGUCUCGACAUCUGCCAAAAUAUUGUAAAGUACAUGCAAGGGAAUAUUCGGGUUGUGGAGGAUGGUCUAGGUUUGGUGAAAAGCCUGUCGGUUGUUUUCAGGUUCCAACUCCGGCGAUCGGUAAUGUCGCGGGGCGGUGGAUAUUCUGGAGAAACGUAUAAAACCUCAACUCCGCCAUCUACUAGUCACUGAUCAUUGGGGUGGACUGUAGUAGAAAAGAGACCUAAGGGUGGAAUCUGAAAAUUUGUAAAAAUAGUAGGGCGGAUUGAGAUAACAGAGAGCGAGAGGCGCAAAACGUUGUCGUUUGGUUGUAAGAAAGUUAACUAGGUUUAACCUAUUAUCAUGUAGGCAAAAGCUAUGGUUCAGACUUGUUACUUGCUGGAUAACAGAACUGAAAGUUUUUUUUUUAAAAAGGUGUGUCCGAGGAUGUUCUUUUUUAUGUUUGUUGUCUCA